AUGACUGAGGCCACCCUUCACAACGCCCCUAUCGUCAUAGACAAUGGCAGCGGCACAAUCCGCGCCGGAUUCGCCGGCGAGGAAAUCCCCUCAUGCUACUUCCCAUCGUUUGUCGGUCGGCCAAAACACCCGCGGGUCAUGGCCGGCGGUCUAGAAGGAGACGUCUUCAUCGGACAACGUGCUCAGGAAUUACGCGGUCUAAUGAAAAUUCGAUACCCAUUAGAACACGGGAUUGUGACGGAUUGGGACGACAUGGAGAAAAUCUGGCACUAUGUGUACGAGAACGAGCUCAAGACGCUGCCGGAAGAGCACCCCGUCCUCCUUACCGAACCGCCGCUUAACCCGCGCAAGAACCGUGAUAUUGCUGCCCAGAUUAUGUUCGAGACCUUCAAUGUUCCCGCUCUGUAUACCUCCAUUCAGGCUGUACUGUCGCUCUAUGCUUCUGGGCGGACAACCGGUGUGGUUUUGGAUUCAGGGGAUGGGGUCUCCCAUGCGGUUCCUGUGUUUGAGGGUUUCGCUAUCCCCAAUAGUAUUCGGAGGAUUGACGUUGCGGGGAGAGAUGUGACAGAACAAUUACAGCUGCUGCUUCGGAAGACCGGGAAUGUGCUCCAUACCAGCGCGGAAAAGGAGGUGGUACGAAUGAUCAAGGAGAAGGUCUGCUAUGUUUCCUUGGACCCGAAGCGGGAGGAGAAAGACUGGGUGAACAGCUAUCACAAGUCGGAAUCGAAGUACGCGGACUAUGUUUUGCCGGAUGGGCAUAAGAUCAAGAUCGGACAGGAACGUUUCCGUGCCCCCGAGAUUCUCUUCGACCCCGAGCUCAUUGGCCUCGAAUACCCCGGUGUACACCAAAUCGUUCAAGACGCCAUCAUCCGUACGGAUCUCGACCUCCGGAAGUCGCUGUACCUUAACAUUGUCCUGUCCGGUGGGUCAACGCUGUGCAAGAACUUUCCCGAUCGAUUAAUGCGCGAGAUCAAGCGACUAGCCGUCGAGGAUAUGAAGAUUCGCAUUUCCGCGCCUGCUGAGCGAAAGUACACGACCUGGAUCGGUGGGGGUAUUCUUGCUGGACUCAGCACGUUUCGAAAGAUGUGGGUUAGCGCAGACGAGUGGCACGAGGACCCUGAGAUCAUUCACCGGAAGUUUGCUUAA